GUACCAUACACAGUCAAAUAUCCAGUUCAUGUACCAGUCGAUAAGCCAUACCCAGUUCAUGUGCCAAAACCAUACCCAGUUCCAGUCGAUAAACCUAUUCCAUACACUGUUGAAAAGACCGUCCCAUACCCAGUCAGUGUACCUGUAAAGGUACCAGUCCCACAUCCAUACCCAGUACCAAUUCCAAAACCAGUCCCAUACACUGUUCAAAGCAAGUCCCAUACCCAGUCAAGGUACCAGUCAUCGUACACAAGCAUAUUCCAAUCUACGUUAAAGGACAUGAUAGUGGACUUGGGAGCUUUGGGUAGUCGCAGUACUUUCGGCCUUAGUUCUCGUUCAAGCGAGCGAGAAGAAGGCUGA